AUGUGCAUGAACUUAAAGAACUCUCCUCCUUUCCCUGAGUCUGCUGGAAGGAUUUACAUGCACAGCCACCACGCUGUCUCUAGGUGCGGGGCGCGCCCCAUGCAUCAUAGAUUGACUCUAACUGGCUCGUCUGAGAGCCUCAUGCUCCCAGGCGUGGUGCCUACUUCCCCUGUAAGAAUCUUGGUGGCUCUGUGUGUCAAAUCAGACAAGAGAAAAAUAUUGAAAGAGCAAAUGCUGUCUUCUGGCUCCCUUGAAGAUGGGAGCCAGUUAAGAACCAGAGCAUUCCUUUUUAUUGGAAAAAAAAAAAUUGUUAUCAGGUUGUUUCAGUUGUAUUGGAUGCCCUGUCUGCUAAAUCAAAAAGAACUCAGCUACUAA